UGCAAAUUACCUUCAAAGCCUGACAGAACUUGUUGAAGUUAGGAAGUAUACUAGGCAUGGCCAUCGGUGUUGCACUCUUCAGCUCGCUUCUUGUACUUUCAUUUGUCUCUCCAAUCUCUUCACUAAGUUCCAAUUACUACGACGAGACCUGUCCCAAUGCUGAGUUGAUCGUCGCAAAUGCUGUCAAGAAUGCGGCAAUGAAGGACAAAACCGUUCCAGCUGCUCUUCUGCGGAUGCAUUUUCACGACUGUUUCAUUAGGGGUUGCGAUGCGUCGGUGCUUUUAAACUCCAAAGGAAGCAACAAAGUGGAGAAGGAUGGACCUCCUAAUGUCUCUCUGCACUCAUUUUUUGUAAUCGACAAUGCCAAAAAGGAGUUGGAAGCUUCUUGCCCUGGCGUGGUUUCAUGUGCGGACAUCUUGGCACUAGCUGCUAGAGAUUCCGUCAUACUGUCCGGAGGUCCGACUUGGGAUGUGCCCAAGGGAAGGAAGGAUGGAAGAACAUCAAAAGCCAGCGAGACGACUCAACUCCCAGCACCACUUUUCAACAUUUCUCAGCUCCAGCAGAGCUUCUCCCAGAGAGGCCUCUCUAUGGAAGAUCUCGUCGCUCUUUCGGGAGGCCACACACUAGGAUUUUCCCACUGCUCCUCCUUCGCAGGCAGGAUCCGCAACUUCAACACCACGCACGACAUCGACCCAUCGAUGCACCCAUCCCUGGCAGCGAGCCUAAGAGGCGUAUGCCCGAGCAAGAACAGGCCAAAAAACGCAGGGACCACCAUGGACCCUUCCUCGACCACCUUCGACAACACGUACUACAGGCUGAUCCUCCAGGGGAAGGGCCUGUUCUCUUCGGACCAGGCCCUCCUGGCAGUGCCCAAGACGAAGGAUCUGGUCGAGAAGUUCGCAGGCUCGCACAAGGAAUUCACGGAUGCAUUCGUCAAGUCCAUGAUCAAGAUGAGCAGCAUCACAGGCGGAGGGGAAGUUAGGAAGGACUGCAGGGUAGUCAAUUAAGGGUUUCGGAUCAUCUGCUGCAUGAUCUGGAUAAUCAUAUUUCUCUGUUCAAUUUAAGGUGAAAAGCCAGCUUAAGCAUAUGUAUAAGAUUUGUUGGAAAUAUACGCCUGAAGACUAAAGGGCCUAAAGUUCAAACGGAAGUGGAGAGUAUGUCUUAUAGAAGAUGAACUAGAUUUUACGAAAGCUUAGCAGUUAAUCUUUUUCCAUGAGCUCUAUAAAUUCAUUCUAAUGGUGGAUGAUGUAAGAAUUUUUUUAAUAUGGGUUGGCUAGUGUGGAUCAA